AUUAAAGAUGGUCACUCUCUAGUUAGUGGAUAAAAUAAAUGAAAAUGUCUCGACCUUAUGAAGGCAUCCGUUACACUUCAGAAAAACAAGUUGUUGUAUUGGAUAUUGGAUCAGCCUAUACGAAAUUUGGAUAUGCUGGCGAAGGAACACCACGAGGUAUCGUACGGACAGAGGUUAAAUGUCCUGAUACAAAGCAGAUGCGAAAAAUUUAUAAAUAUAUUGACACUGACGAUUUAUAUCAACUGCUUGUUGAAUUUUUUCACGUCAUAUUUUUCAGGCAUGUAGUGAUAACUCCAAAAGAUGUGAAAGUAUUAGUUCUGGAAUCAUUGCUGACACCGUCAAAAUUUCGUGAUACAAUGGCUAAAGUACUAUUUAGGCACUUUGAAAUUGGUUCGCUGAUGAUUUUACCUACACAUUUAGUGACAAUUAGCACCUUGGGAUGGGACACAGCUCUUGUACUUGACGUAGGAUAUCAAGAUGCGACUCUCAUUCCUAUUUAUAAAGGAGUUCCUGUUCUUAAAGCUUGGCAAAGUCUACCUCUGGCUUCUGAAGCUAUUCAUGAGAGUAUCAAAAAUGAUAUGAAAGAAGCCAUACCUGAAGUGGAACUUACAGAGCGGGUUAUUGAAGACAUUAAAGUUCGAACUUGUUUUGUAACAACUUUAGAACGUUCUAAAAAGUUAAGUGCUGAUGAUGCACCAGCACCUCCGCCGUCGGUUAAAUAUCCAGGGCUAAAAACCAUUGAAAUUCCUGGAUAUGUUAGAGAAAGAUCUUACGAAUUAUUAUGGGAACGUGAUGCUGAUAAUUUGAGUAUACCUACAAUGGUA